AAACACAAUUUGUCUUUUUCUUAAAGAAAUUAUAGAAUAGAAUUUAUUCGAGAAGAAAGAUCACCCAAGCUGCUUGAAGUCUUCGUCACCCCACGAACACCAGAGUGCCUGGUACACUCUCCGAUCUAUCCCCAUUUUUGAGACUGCAAUUGAUUCCUUGGAUAAUCCAAGUCAAAGCCAUAGUCGACAUUGAGAUUUCAAAUGGAAACCCACUAGAAUUUUGAUUCAUGAGGUAGAAAUUGAGACAAAAAUGGAUCCACAGCCUUUCCCUAAAUCGGGAAGGGGCAUCGCAGAUCGACACAACUCCUCCCCCUCUUCGUUAUUGGCAAAAACAGUCUCCGAUGCGAGUAGCCAAAGUUUGGCUUCCAUUCUCAAUAACCCACAUGCCGACUCCUCCUGGGUGGGUUGGUGGUCCUCCUCCGCCGCCGUCGCGGUCCCUGAAUUUGCUGCGCCACCCGCCACUAAACCCCCUGGUUCAGAAAUAACUCGAUCCCAUUUCACAUCUUACCUGUUAUCAAUUGCCGAACAUCAUAGCAGGUUUGAAGACAUCCGAAACCAUUCCAAUAAAGAGAGCAGGGAUGAGGUUGAUCGUGACCAUGAUGAAAGGGCAGGGGAAGCUCUGGUUGCCUGUUUACGCGAAGUGCCAGCAUUGUAUUUCAAGGAGGAUUUUGCACUGGAAGACGGGGCAACCUUCCGGGCAGCCUGCCCGAAUUCUACUGUUGCAGAGAACUCGGUGUUACAAGAGAAGUUGUCGCAGUACUUGGACGUGGUGGAGCUUUAUUUGGUGAAGGAGAUCUCGUUACGUUCGAAUUCCUUCUUUGAGGCACAAGGUCAAUUGGAGGAUAUGAAUUUGAAAAUAGUAGAGGGGUGUAAGCGAAUCCGUGAAUUGAAGGAGACCAUUAGGCUUUUGGAUGUAGAUUUAGUGGAUUGUGCUCGACAAAUUCAGGAUUUAAAUCUCACCAGGAGUGAUCUUUUGGCACUGCAACAAAAGCUUAGGCUUAUACUAUAUGUCAACCAAUCUCUUGCAGCUCUUAAGUUGCUUGUUGCAUCUGCUGAUUGUGCUGGAGCUUUAGACGUUACUGACGAUUUGAAGCAGUUUCUGGAUGACGAUGAACUGACUGGCUUACAUUGUUUUCGACACCUUGGGGAUCAUGUAGCUGGUGCAGUAGAUUCUGUAAAUAGCAUUCUUUCAGCAGAGUUUCUACGUGUAUCAAUCAGUGAUUCUGGAGGUAUGGAUAAGAUAAUAUUAGCAAAGGCAAAAGCGAGGGCGAGCUCAACUGGAAAUGUCGAAGAUAACAAAGUAGAAUUGCAUCAAGAAGAUGCCUCUAGUUUUCGUGAUCGACUUCUACCACUAAUUAUUGGUUUGCUUAGAACUGCAAAACUGCCUGCUGUGUUGCGAGUAUAUCGUGAUACAGUAACAUCUGAUAUGAAAACUGCAAUCAAGUCAGUUGUAGCAGAGCUGCUUCCAGUUCUUGUCGCCAGACCUUUGGACUCCGAUUUUAUGCCUGGCGAGCGAAUUGUCGAUAACGAUGGUGGAGGCUUGUCACUUGCCAGUAAAUUACGAAGCCUCUCUUCUGAUAGUUUUGUUCUACUUCUUGACACUAUUUUCAGGAUUGUACAGGCACAUUUACUCCAAGCUGCUGAAGUUAAAAAAUCCAUUGAGUGGAUCAUGUCCAAUCUUGAUGGCCACUAUGCUGCCGAUUCAGUUGCUGAUGCAAUUGCUCAUGGUGCUUUGAGUGCAGAAACGGCUCAGAUUGAUUAUGGUCUGGCUGAUUCUUUUGUUACAUAUUCUGUUAAAAAGAAUGCUAUCAAAGUUCCUACAUUUCAGGAAAAAGGAAAUGAUGCAACAAGUCCAUCAAAUAUGUCCAAAAAUUUCAGGGCUGAUGUCUUGAGAGAAAACACGGAAGCCGUGUUUGCUGCUUGUGAUGCUGCUCAUGGAAGAUGGGCAAAGCUGCUUGGUGUUCGUGCUGCUCUUCAUCCAAGGCUUAGGGUACAAGACUUCCUACACAUAUACAACAUGUCUCAAGAAUUCAUAACUGCAACGGAGAAGAUUGGUGGAAGGUUAGGAUAUAGUAUUCGUGGAACUUUGCAGUCUCAGGCCAAGGCUUUUGUUGAUUUUCAGCAUGAAUCUCGGAUGACAAAACUGAAGGCUGUGCUUGAUCAAGAAAAAUGGGUUGAAGUCGAUGUUCCGUAUGAAUACAGGGCCAUUGUUAUUUCAGCCUUUUGUUCGGAAUCUCUAAUUUCUGGAGACUUGGAUAAUUAUUCUAAUGGUCUUGCUAAAGGCUAUGAUGAAGUGGUUCAUAACAAUAAUGCUUCCUCGGCCCUGAUAGAUGAUGGUGUAUCAUUGUCGAGUUCACAAGAGCAGGUGAUGAAAUUGUCAUCCCAGCAUGCUGAUGUAUCUGAUAGCACUGAGCAGAUUAAUGGCAUUAAAGUCAAGAAUGAGCAUGGAAAACCUUCUUCUCAUUUGCUUUCCUUCAGAGGUGUUGGGUACCAUAUGGUAAACAGUGGCUUAAUCUUGCUGAAGAUGUUGUCGGAGUACAUUGAUAUGAAUACUGUUUUUCCAACACUCUCUUCUGAGGUUAUUCGUUGUGUUCUUGAAAUGUUGAAGUUUUUCAAUACGAGGACUUGUCAGCUUGUUCUUGGUGCUGGCGCCAUGCAGGUCUCAGGUUUGAAGUCUAUUACAUCUAAACACUUGGCUCUGGCAAGUCAGGUUAUCAGUUUUGUGCAUGCCAUCAUUCCUGAAAUCAAGAGGGUUCUUCUUGUGAAAGUAGCUGAGACGCGAAAAGGAUUGUUGCUGUCAGAAAUUGAAAGAGUGUUGCAGGAUUAUAAAGUGCAUCGAGAUGAGAUACAUACAAAACUGGUGCAAAUAAUGAAAGAAAGGUUGCUUGUUCAUCUUCGUGGACUUCCACAAAUUGUUGAAACUUGGCACCGAUCAGAUGAAACUGAUGUACAACCUAGUCAAUUUGCACGGAACCUCACAAAGGAAGUUGGAUUACUUAAGCGUGUGCUUUCUCGGAAUCUGCAUGAGGUGGAUGUUCAAGAAAUAUUCAGAGAAGUGACUAUCGCUUUCGACAUACAAAUCUCCGAUGCAUUUUCACGUGUAGAUAUUAGCACCCCACAAGCGAGAGCCAGGCUUGCUUGUGAUAUUCAACAUAUUCUUGGAUGCAUUAGAUCAUUGCCUUCUGCCAACUUGAGUGAUUCCCAGGACCCAGUUCCAGCACAACUUGAGUUGUUACUCCAAAGAGUUACUGCUGAAGCAGAUCAAUAAUUAGCGAUAGCCAAUUGAUCAUUUUCAAAAGUUGAGCAGAUCUCUUCCUGUCACUAUGGUGAUUAUGGAACCACCCUCAAGUUGUGCACCACUGGAUGCAAUUGCAUUUAGGAGUUUGUUUUUGCAUUUUCCAUAUGACUUCCGAGGCGGCUAAAGGAAUCCGUUCCCCUAUUGUACAUUUUCUUAAUUGUAGAUUGAAGAAGUUGGUUUUGUUAUGAUUGUAUUUUUCUUUCCGGUUUCUUAGUGUUUGUUUCUGUUGUAUAUGUUCAAGAUCUCAUUGUAUUAGUACAAAUAUGAGGUGAAUUGGGUUUCAAUGUCAUCCUUCAUAUCUCUCGUC